AUGGCUCUGAAGAAAACAGCGGCCCAGACGACGGCAAUCAAGCAGAUCAUCAAGAGGUGUUCCAGUUUCGGGAAGAAACAACAUGGGUACGAUGACGGCACCGGUUUGCCGCAUGAUGUCCCAAAAGGCCACUUCGUGGUUUACGUGGGAGAGAACCGGAGCCGAUACGUUAUCCCCAUUUCGUGGCUGAGCCACCCGGAGUUUCAGUCGUUGCUCCACAGAGCCGCCGAGGAAUUCGGCUUUAGCCACGAUAUGGGCCUCACUAUCCCCUGCGACGAACACGAUUUCUGCUCCGUCAUCUCCAUCAUCAGAUCAUAA